CAUUGCGUGAAAUCUUUCUACGAAAAAUUAUCCUAUUUUCAUGUCAAAAACUAAGCCGAAAGAUCCGUGUAAACCAGCGGCCUGUAAAAUUCAGACUUGUUUAAGAGAACAUAAAUACGACGAAGUAAAGUGCUACGAUGUCAUUGAAGAUAUGCGGCAGUGUUGUCUAAAGUGGCACAAAGUAUCUCUAUGCUGUUCCGGUAUUCAAUUAGAUCGCGACUAUAAAGCCGAAAAAGAGGCCGCUAUUCGGGAAAGGAAGAAUCAAUCCAAUCAGUAGACUGCCAUGCACACGGAUUCGCGGCGCCCUCAUCGUGUCCCAAAAAGGAAUUGGUUUCAACGGAACCCCCGAACCGUUAGCUCGCUAAUAACGGGAACCGCCCUACUUAUCUUUUUUUCAAAGCCUUUAUAC